AGAAGAAGAAUUUGUCAAUGUCGCGCUCCUCACAUUGCUGUUAUCCAAACCUCUCUUAACAUCUGCGAGAACAAUUUCACCGUCAGAUUCUUCAGAAAAGUCAGAAAAUGUUCAGAAUUGCAUCGGCACAGGUAUUCCGAAACGUUAUCAGACACAGUAGCACAGACGCUACUUUGAUUCUGGAGAGAUCUAUUAAUAAGGUGCAGCUUCUGGGACGGGUGGGGCAAGAUCCCGUCAUGAGACAAGUAGAGGGCAGGAACCCAGUUACUAUCUUCUCUGUGGCAACCAAUGAGAUGUGGCGAUCUGGUGAGGGAGAGUCCUCAUAUGCAGGAGACGUCAGUCAGAAGACGACAUGGCACAGAAUUUCUGUGUUCAAGCCAGGCCUCAGAGAUGUGGCUUAUCAGUAUGUGAAGAAAGGGUCUCGAGUGUUUGUUGAAGGGAAACUGGACUACGGGGAGUAUGUGGACAAGAACAACGUUAGGCGGCAAGCCACCACCAUUAUAGCAGAUAACAUUAUCUUUCUAAGUGACAACAGAGUCUGAAGGUUAUACACAACCACAGGAAAAAUGGAAGCAAGAAGAUUUUUUUUGUUUUAUGUUAAUUUCUUUACUUUUGCCUGCUUAGUGCCCAUCCUAGCUCAAAGGUAGUGUAACAUGUAUGUAAUGUGCCUGAAUUACUGCCUUGUGAGGGACAGGAUGCAUUAUGAUGUGCAAAGACAUUCACUGACAUCCCAUCUGACUCUGUCCAUGUCCAAAGUUGACUAUGCUUUAGAUCUCCAAAAUGUUGAGAGGUUAAGGAAUUUCCAGAAAGUAAUUUACAACAUUUGCUUAGUCAAAUAAAUUAGUUUUUACAGAACAUCAAAUGUAACUGUAAAGAUGCAGGUUUUUGCUUUUUGGGUUUUUUUUUGUUGAUAUUGGCUAUUGAAAAACAUUCUGUCAUGUUCACUUAUCCUUGAUGAGCAUACCUUGUACGGGACUUAAAUCGUCUCAAAGCGUAAUGCAGGCAGUAGGGUGAAUUUCACAUAGUCACAGUUGCAGGCUUUGUUUCAUGUGUUGUCUUUGGUUCUUGAGCCAAAUGUCCCAACACCUGCAGAAUAUUUUUGCAUUGUUUUAGUUUCGAUCAUCUAAAAAUACCUCUCCUGAAACUGAAAGAUUGCUUAUUUCUCAAAAUUUCAAUUUGUUUAAAGUCUCACAUUUUACUCGGAACAUGUUGUACUCAAGUUUCCCAGUUGAGUGUAAGUAUAACAAUCAUGUCAUUAAAAAAACAUUUUUUCUAA